GAAAAGGGGCAUAUUUGAAGGAAUUCAAAAUUGAAAAGUCAAAAACCCGCGAUCUCUCCCAUUUUUCAAAAUGGAAGACGACCACCAAUGGGAGCUCUGCAACGACGACGGCUUCAUCUUCAAGCGCAAGCGCCGCCGAAUCGACGCUCCACCGCCGCCAGAGGCCGACGAAUCGGCGGCGGAAAACCUUCGGAGAGAGCGUAAGAAACAAACCCUACUCAAGCUCAAAUCGAAGUACGAGAAAGAGAUUUUUCACUGGGAAGCACUGUCGAACACCUUGCUCGCACUGCAACAACGCACCGCUCUUCACACUCCUCAACAACAACAACAGCAGCAACGUCUAAACCAAGCCCAAUCCCUCCCUUCCCCUUCUUCCUCAACCGGUUCCGCCGGUAGCUCCCUCCUCCGCGACCUCCUAUUGCAGGUGGAAGCGCAGGAAGCGAUAAUUCGUGAUGUGUCAAAUUUAUGCGACAUAGCAGAAGCUGUGUGCGUUAAGAGAGAAGAACAGUUCAAACAAACCUUGUUUGAUCUUCCAAUUUGGGUAUCACCGAAUGACCUCAUGGAAGUGCUAUGUGGUGAUGAUGACGACGAUGAUUGAAGCCGCUAUUGCUCUGCACAAUGCCACAACCGAUUUUAUUAUCUGUAAGUGUAACUCUGUAGCACAGUGAUUUCGUGUAGAUUAGGCAUUUGGCAAAAUGGUAAAUAUAUUUAUCGAUUGAUUGUGUUGUGAAGAAUAUUUUUAGGCCGAUGAAUGAUAAGAAUAUAUAUUAUGACGAGUUUUAAAAAGGGAGUGAAAGAGGGAAUGUGGGUGGUUUUGUAUAAAGUUCAUUAAUUUCUAGAAUCUAAUGCCGUUAUGAUUAGUGAUUCUCUUUUGAGUAUACGCUGAAUAUUGCUUUUGUUUAUUGUAAUGCCAUGAAUAUAUUGUACGAGGAAUUUUAUGCAGCAGUACUUCAAUUUUGUUUUGUAUAUCUAUGUACUUUAGGGUAUAUCAUCAAUACAUAUUGAGGAAGUAGUCAAACCUUUGAAAUAUAGAUACUUUUAUCAACAAAAUUUUUGAAAAAUGCAAUUUUAUU